GCAAUGAGAAAGGACAGCCGUACGUGCGCCGCCGAAAGACCCCAGAGGGCCAAGAUGGCUGCGCCCGUGACAGACGCCGGGGAGUUUGAAAGCUGGCUAAAUGAUCGGCUAGACUCGUUGGAAGUGGACCGUGAGGUGUAUGGGGCGUACAUUUUAGGAGUGCUGCAAGAAGAGGAGAGUGACGAGGAGAAAGAAGAUGCGCUUCAAGGGAUUUUAUCCGCAUUUCUGGAUGAGGACAGCGUGGAAGACGUCUGCAAACAGAUCAUCAAGCAGUGGACAGAGUGGCGCAACAGAUCAGCAGCCAAAACUAAUGCUGACGAUGCUGAGGUCCAGGCCAUCGCCAGUAUGAUAGAGAAACAAGCUCAGAUUGUGGUGAAGCAGAAGGAGGUGUCUGAGGAGUCGAAGAAGAGGAAAGAAGCCCUCCUCGCUCAAUACGCUAAUGUAACAGAUGAGGAAGAUGAAGCUGAAGAAGAGGAGCCACCAAGUGGAAUUAACCCCACAGGAAAUGAUAAAUCCCUGUUUAAGAACACCAACGUGGAAGAGGUGCUGAACAGACAAAAGCAGAAGCGGGAGCAGGCUCGUGAAGACGCUCAGAAGAAGAAGGAAGGGGACAAGAUGCAGCGGGAGAAGGACAAACUAGCCAAACAAGACAGGAAAGAGAAGGAGAAGAGACGCACACAGAAAGGCGAACGUAAAAGAUAAAACUAAGAGAAAGGACACUUUGUAUGCGGAAAGGUUUUGUUAUGAGACAACAAUGAAAAACUGUAGUCAUUGCCUCUUUUUAGCUAAACCUCAUUGGCGCAUUCAGUAUGUGAACGUCUUCAUCAGACCCUCCAUGUCAGUUGCUUUCACUUCAUGUGUGUAAACAAGAAGUUACUGGAUACUGUGCAGACCCAAAAUUCUGAUGUUUGUUUUCUUGGAUACUGAGAAGGAAAGAUGUUGUCAAGAAAUAAAGCUGCAAAUCUUCAUAUGA